AUGCGCCGUGGCAAAUUGGACGAGGCGCUCGGCGCGCUGCUGGGGCUGGAUCAUGAGACGGUCACCGAGCAAGUCAUUCCUUACCUUUCUACGCAUACCACGCCCAAGAUGCUCCGGUUAUACCUGCAAGACCUGAUCGGGACGUCGCCCGAGGCCAAAGAGCUCACCGAGCAGUACGUCGCCGACCGAUUCCCGAAGGAGGCGCCGCCGCAGCCGACGGUGGAACCGAAGCACGAGUCGCCGCGGAAAGCACACGCAAAGCCCGUGCGCGUCACACCGAGUAAUGUCGCCUCGGCGCUCGCGGCGUCCGAAUCGUCGGCGCCAAGAAGCUUGCCGCCGACCAAAGAGAUGCUCGAGCUGGACGCGGCCUUUGCGAUGCUCUCGAUGGAGCCCACGUCCAAAGAGGCUGCAGCACAUAUUCCCACAUCGCGCCGACUAUGCCUGUGCCAAGGCGAGAAGCACGCCCUUGCGCCGUACGCGCCGCUGUGUGUUUCGUGCGGACUGAUUCUCUGCUCGGCGCUCGUGCCGGCCCCGAUCUCGCCGCACUCGGCAUGCCCGUCGUGCAGCGCAAGCCCCAUCGUGCCCCCCCACACGCGUACUCAGCUCCUCUCCGAGAUGGUCGACACGCGCGAGCAGCUCGUCGAGGAGCAGCAAAGCCGCGAGGCCGAGCGCCGUGCAGAGGUGGCACGGCAGCGCGGCGCGGGGGUCGACUCGGCCUUUCCCACGCUCGGCCAAGCGCCGGCGCCGACGCCGGCGGCGGGCGCCAGCAAGCGCAGCCGUGUGCUGCAUCUCGAUAUGAAGACGCACAAGGUGACUGUGUCGCGGCCCAAAGAAAAGCCGAAAGCGAAGCAGGCCGCUGUGCCGACUUCCCACACCGCCGAGCUGCAUACUACCGCCGAAGACGGCUCGGGGCUCGUGCACGACUACGAAGACGACGGAUUCCGCACUCACUAUAUCACGGCCACACCCGCGCCCGCCGCGGGACCCGCCCACGGCUGGGCCGCCGUGCAGCCGACGCCGCUACGCUAUGUUGCGGCCGAGUCGCGGCCAGCGCCCCUCGCGCCGAUCUGUUCCGAGGUGUAUACCGAAGUGCCGGACCUCGCGACACUUCUCCAGCGCAAGCCGCCGGGCAGCUCUGCCGAUACGCAGCGGCGCAGCAAGAACUCGGCGAUCAACGCAGGCGUCGCACGCGCCCAAGGCCGCAAGACCGGCAAGCCGAGCAAAAAGCGGUAG